AUGGCGGUGAGGGCGAUUCGGGCGUACCGGACGGUUUCCGGAGCGGCGGCAUGCGCCCUGGCUGGAUACGCACCCUGGGAGCUCGAGGCGUCCAUCCUCGAGCAGACCUACAGGUGCCGUGCGGAAGCCAAGGCACGUGGAGAGCGCCCCACACUAGACGAGCUAGUGGGGGUUCGGCGUGCCGCCAAGACCGCCGUCCAGGCGGGGUGGGAGGAGGCACUCCGAUCGGCCAGAUACGGGGAGCGCACCGUCCAGGCGCUGCUCCCUGUACUGGCCGAUUGGAGAAAGAGGAGACAUGGGUCCCUCACCUACCGUCAUGUUCAGCCUCCCUACAGUCCUGACGUCGCCCCGGCAGACUUCUUCUUGUUUCCCAGCAUCAAGUCGAAGCUCAAAGGCAAGCAUUGGGGCACAAUUAAGGACAUCCAAGAAGCUACGACGAGGGCGCUGAAGGACCUACCCGUUGACGUCUUCCAGGGGGCCUUCCGGGCAUGGAAAACUCGCCUACAAAAGUGCAUCGAUGCUGAAGGGUGUUAUUUUGAAGAGUACUAA